AUGGCAGAGGAAGGGUCUCCAGGCUGGGAGGGCCAGCACCAUCAGAGGCUCCAGGAGGAAUCGCUGCCCACUAUUGCAGUGUGCAGUCCCAAGGAAAGUUGGGGCAGCAACUACCAUCAGAGAGGGGUCCUGGACUCUAGCAGUGCUAAAGUCUUGCCCUUUAAGGGGAAGAACACAGCCCGAAGACAGUAUUAUCCAUCUGGGGGACUACAUAGACCCUUGGGGAAGCUACAGCUCAUUGAAAAGUUCUUUUGCCUCACUUGGACCAUGGCUGUUACACCAGGUUGGAAGCAGCUCCUACCAGCCAGGAGAAGAGAGGAUGAGGAUGCUGCUGGGGAAGCAGAGCUGGCUGAGAGAGACCAAGUGGCCCAGAAACCAGUCCAGAAAAUGGGAUUGUGGGAUAGAUUCCAUAACUCGCCAGAGGAGAGGGAGAGGCAGCUGUGGCAGCAGCCACUGAAGGAGCAGCAACAUGCAGACAAGCAGCUCACUGAUCAGAGGCCACCUGUGGGUCAGGUUCAUAUUUCAAGGGGUGUAGAAACCCAAGAGAAGAGACCUGGCCCAGCAGAGCCUGAGGAACAGUCUGCUAUGAAGAGAGUCAAGAGAACAGAGGCUGAGCCUGGAGGAGGCUGGAAAGAGGAGGCUGGGGCAGCUGAAUUUGGAGUGCAAAGCCUUAGGCUUGCAGAAGCUUUGGAAUGGAGGCUAAACCUAAGGGAGGCUGAGGAGGAGAGUCCAAAACUAUCAGAGUCACGGCAAUGGGAGAAAGGCUUUGGGGAAGCUGGAGAACAAAGUGUGAAUCCAGUAGAACCUCAAGAACAGACUUCUGGGGGCUCUGAAAUGGGAGAAUGUAGACUGAGCCUCGAAGAAGAAGGCAAAGGGAGCUCAGGGGAAUCUGGGACAGAACAGAGACUAAUGCAGAGGAAAUCCAGGGAGAACUCAGGCCUUUUGGAGACACAGAUGUGGAGCUCAGAGGUAAUAGAGGCAGCAGAAAUGAGACUGAACCCAGGAGAGGAUGUGGAGAAGAGUUCUAGACAGCUGGAAGCACAGAAAUGGAGCCUGAACUCUGGGAAAGCUCUAGAUUGGAGCCUUGGGAGAUCAGAGGCUCCAGAACAGAAGCCAGUGCCUUCUGACUCUGGAGAUGACAAGUUGGACUUGCUUGGGGCAGAGGCUGGAGAAGGGAGGACAGAGGCUUCUGAAGAGGAAGCUGGAGAUGAGGGCAGGCUGGUGAGCUCCCUUAGAAGCUACUGCUCUGUGACCACCCCCCUCCCAGCCAAGAAAGUUGGACCCAGAGCCUCAAAGCCUCAGCACUCCCUGCUUCCCUCAGUAUCUUCCCUACCUCUUGCCCCAGCACCUCUUCAAUCCACAGAGAACCAGCUGAGGAGUCUUAUGUUCUGUGAGGUGAAAUCUGGGGCUAGGGUAGGAACCUCCCACCACAAUAGACACACCUUCACAGUUAAGCCGAGGUGCCCUAGGCCCCCUGUAACCCCUGUCCCACCUGAACCCCAAGUGCCUGACCCUGGGAAGAAGAAGUACCCCACUGCUAAGGAGAUAGAGGUGAUUGGGGGCUACCUCCAUCUCAGCCGAAGCUGCCUGGCCAAGAAGUCCUCUGAGAGAUGCCACAAACACCUCAAAAUUUCCUUUAAUGAGUCAGCCCUGGAGACCACCUAUUAUUACCCUUCUGAGAGGUCCGUAUGUGGUCUGAAGCCUGAGUCUACCCCCCCCCACACACCCCCCUCCAAUCAAUAG